AUGGCUUACAGACAGAACAUCAAAUUUCUCUUGGGCCCGCUCGACCUCGACCUCAACUUAAUAGCUAGUCUGGUCGACUAUCCUGAAAGGUCUGAGAUGUGGCGCAACCCCGAGUUCCAGCAGGUGCUUUACAGGAGAUUUGGAAACGACAAGUAUGAACUCGACUGGUUGAUUCAACGAACCGAACGAAUCAAUGAAAUUAUCCAAGAUCUUGCAGAACUUCUGCGCUUACUUGAUUCAAAGCAAGCGUAA